AUGUUCUCAUCUUUUUUAUCAAGAACUCGUUCUAAUACUCAACUCAUUUUUGAUAAAUAUGAAAAGAUUGAAACAUUAGGUGAAGGGACAUAUGGCUUUGUUUUUAAAGUUAGAAAUGUUCAUGAUAAACAAUAUUAUGCUUUAAAAAUGAUUAAAGGUGAAAAUGACUCUGAUGGAAUUUCUAGUACUUCUCUUCGUGAAAUUUCUUCAUUACUUAAAUUAAGACAUCCUUUUAUAAUUAAAUUAAUUUCAGUUGAAAAUAAAGUUGAUUCUUUAGGAAUGGUAUUUGAAUACUGUGAAUGUGAUUUGUCAAAGUAUAUCAAAAGUCAUUCUAAAAUUCAACCAAAAGUAAUUAAAAAAUGGAUGAAACAAUUACUCAGUGCUAUUGAAUAUCUUCAUGCUAGAAGAUAUUUACAUCGUGAUUUAAAACCACAAAAUAUAUUAAUUGAUAAAUAUUGUAAUAUCAAAUUGGCUGACUUUGGUCUUGUUAGAGCUGUAACAAUUCCUUUAAGAGAAUAUACUACUGAAAUCAUUACAUUAUGGUAUCGUCCCCCUGAAAUAUUACUUGGUGCAACUCAUUAUGAAGCAUCAGUUGAUAUUUGGUCAAUCGGUGCAAUUUUUGGAGAAUUAGCUUAUGGAGCACCAAUCUAUAGAGGAGAAAGUGAAUACGAUGAAUUAUUAAAAAUAUUUAGAGUAUUAGGAUACCCUGACGAACAAGAAUGGCCAGAUUUUACUUAUCUUAAAAACAGAGUUAGACAUAAAUUACCUGUUUUUGAGAAAGAAAAUUUAUCUCAAAAAUUUGAAGUACUUAAUAAAAGUGGAAUUAAUUUAUUUGAAUCUUGUAAUCAAUAUAAUCCUGCUAAAAGAAUAACUGCUCGGGAUGCUCUUCACCACCCUUAUUUUUCAGAAUAA